AUGGCCAUGACCUGGGAGCCGCGGCCUACCGGGGUGCCACGUGCACGGUGGGCCGAUGUGGUGGAUUCGUCGCAGGAGCAGGAGGAUGCCUCACAACAGGAAGUGCGAGCAUCACAGCUUCUGCAUCAAGAUUCAUACCAAGAUUCCCAGGCCUCGCAGCAGGCCUCGCAAAGCGGCAUCUGCGACCUGCUGCGCAACAACGCGAACCUCGCCGAGGCCGGCGCCUCGCAAGAUGAUCGGAUGCCGGACAGAGAAGUGGCCUCGAGCUCCACGGACCGCCCAGGUUUUCUGUCCCGGAGACGCCACAUGACCGAGGCAUCGGUGAGCGAGGCAAUGGGAACUUUGGCCGAAGAGCCCGAAGUCAGCCCGGUCCGCCAGGAGCGUCGUCCCUUGUCCUCGGUCCUGACCGAGGCCGCCUCGUCUCUGACUCCUGCACCUAAAGCGCAGGAGCGCAAACGAGGUGGUACCGCUCAGUCAAGUCCAGCGACCAAGCGCCACCGUCCACGUGGUCGGAACUCCGUACCACGAGAGGAGGAGCAAGGUGCGGCGCAGCAGAACCAAGCACAGUUAAGUGAGGAGGACUGGGUGCAGCGCCGGAACAAGCGCCGAACAGUGAUCCUCUCGCACAAGCGCCGUGCCGACUACAUUGCUUACAACUCGGCCUGCCCGCGUGGAAGUCGGGACCCCGACGAGCCCAACACGCCCGAUCCCGACGCGCGAACCAGCAAGAGGCAGUGGGAAUCGGAGGUUCAGCACUGGCGGAAGUCGAUUCGCGAGUGGAACGGGGUGAACGGCAUCAACGACGAGGAGAUCUUAGAUGACAUCAGUGAGAGCGGCUCUGAGCCUUCAACCUCGAAGCCUGACCUUCGGGUUGCUAGUUUGACCAGCGAUGCCCGUCGAUCUUUGAGGAAGUGGACAGCAAAAGCCAUUCAGCAACGGCGCAGCCUGCAGAAGGACGAGAAGGAGGCGAAGAUUGUGGAGGCGCCGGCACAGAAGGAAGCUCUGGAAAGGGCAGGCUCCUCCAAGCCAGUGGAGACAGCUUCCUUGCUAAAGUCGCGGAAUGGCUGCCUGCUGCCGACAAACGUCUCAAUUGGGCCAGCAGCUUACUACACUGGCUGCGGCCGCCAUGUCCGUUGA